ACUGGUGACGUGGUUCGGUCCGUUGACCAGAGCAGCAGCACUAUGGCCGACCAGAGCAGGCAAAUAAAACUCGCUGCAGCUAAGAAAAAGCUGAAGGAGUUUCAGCAGAAGAGCUCUCCUUCUAGUGUGGGAGGAGAAAAGGGCGGAGGAGGAGGUGGUGGACCAGGGGCCAAAAAGAAGAGGAAGGUGAAGGGACUGAACCAACAUGAUGCAUCUUCAACAGGCAGAGACUCUCCAGACAAUUUUGACAAUAUUCUGAAAGCACUUAGUCAGAGCAAUGGAGUAGUUCUACCUCCUAACGGCAACUGUCAGACCUUUGCUGACGUGGAGUCCGUCGGGUCACCGGUCCCGCAGCUGCUGGAGGACCCGAAGGCAGAGCCUGACCGUGGCUCGCCCGUGCCUAACCCCGCUAGCGCUAACACUCCUACUAAUCCCGAGUCUGUCGGUCACAAUGCUGACCUGCAGGACUAUCCCGACACCAAUGGCAAUGGGAUUUCAACUGAAGAAAAAAGACCACUGUCUUCCACAGAGAGCCUGCGGCAGCUCUCACAGCAGCUGAACGGCCUGGUCUCUGGGUCAUCUGCUGCGUAUGUGAAUGGGGACAGUCCCCCCGCCGUGGGUGAGAGAGAGCUGGAGGGUCGGAACCAGGAGCUGGCAGCCGCCCUGGAGUCCAGCAACCUAACAAACUCUCAGCUAAAUACCAAGUUAGAGCAGCUGGCACAGCAAUCUCAGGUGCUCUCAGAACAGCUGCAAAAGGAGCGAAAAGAAUUUGAUCAGAAAUUUUCGAAAGAGCAGGGAGCCAUGCGGGAGCAAUUACAGGUUCACAUCCAGACCAUUGGAAUACUGGUAUCUGAGAAAUCAGAGCUGCAGACAGCACUACAAUACACACAACAUGCUGCACGGCAGAAAGCAGCUGAGGCAGAGGACUUGAAUAACCGUCUGCAGGGAACAAAGCAGAGAGUAUCUGAGCUGGAGAGAACGCUAUCAUCCGUCUCAACACAGCAGAAACAGUUUGAGAAGCAAAACAAAGACUUUGAAAAGGAGAGAGACAACCUGAGACUAGAGGUGUUUAGACUAAACAAUUUGAGCGAGGAGUCGAAGCAGCAGAGCUCAGAGCUGUCCGAGCAGAUCAAGCUGAGAUCACACGAGAAUCAAUCAAUGAGGCUGGAGUUGGAAGACCUUCGCAAGAGACUUGAGAUGGCUGACCUCAUGUUGCAACAGUGCUCCAGUCAGUCAGAUCCUUCCAAUGCUAACCAGCAGGUCCAGUUACUGCUGGGAGAGAAGCAACAGCUGGAGGCACACAAUCACCAGCUGAUGGAGUCGAUAUCCCAGCUGCAGAACGAGAGGGACCACUACGCAGAGCAGAUCCAGGAGGAGGGCCGUGUGUGGAAGGACAAAACGGAACAGCUGCUAACACAGGUGUCUUUGGUGGCAGAAGAGAGGGACAGAAACAUCAGCCGAGUCCAAGAACUGGAAGCCGGCAUCACAGAGCUACAGAACGCUUCAGCGCUGUUGUCCCAGGAGAGAGAGGCUCUGGAGAAUGCGGAGCCUCAGUUCUCGGGGCCCUCAGAGAGCGAGGUGGCUCUGCAGGAGGCCCUCAACGCUCUGCAUCAGGAGAAAGACGCUCUCUCUGCACAGUACCAGGCACAGCUGCGAGAUAAUGAGCAGCUGAGCCGCAUGUGUACAGAGCAGGAGACGCGCCUGGGAGAGCUGGAGCGGCAGUUAGAGAGCCAAGUCCAGGAGGAAGGGGACCGCCGACGCAUGUUAGAGGAUGUUCAGUCAGACAAGGCCACCAUUAGCCGAGCUCUCACUCAGAACCGAACGCUGAAGGACCAGCUGGCUGAGCUACAGAACGGCUUUGUCAAACUGACCAAUGAGAACAUGGAGCUGACCGAUGCCAUCCAGACAGAGCAACAUGUGAAAAAGGAGCUGGCUCGCAGAAUGGGAGAACUGCAAGAGGAACUGCACAACUUCAAAGAACAGCUGGAACUGAAGAAUCAGGACACUCAGGGCCUGAUGGAUCAGAGGGACCAGGUGGUGGGCCAGCUGCAGCAGUACUAUGCCGGCUACCAGACACUGGUCUCGGAGAGGGAACAGAUCCACCACCAGUACCUGAAGCAGAUCCAGCUCAUGGACCGACUGCAGCACGAUGAGAGCCAGGGCCGCAUGCACCUGGAGAUCAGUCAAAAUCAGCUCAAGCAAGCGCAGGAUUAUUUGGAACUUUUGGUCAAGGACAACGAGCAGCUGAAGGCAGAGGUGAAGGAGCUGCUCAGCAGUUCAGCUCUUGGCUCGUCCAGAGACCAAGGAGAUGGAGUGGAGAGCCAGUCCAUGCAAGAGAGCCCAGAGCAGUCCUCCUCCAUCAUUAUCCCAGAAGACUUUGAGAGCAGGAAAGACAUGGAAGAGUUUAUCCAUGGAGCUUUGUCUCGGAUUGAGGCGGAGAGGGACGAGGCCAGAAGGCAACUGGAGGAGGAGCACAGGCACCACAUGGCGGCCAGGCACCAGGCCUCUAUGGCCCUCAGCCUGGAGCAGCAACACCACAGCCUCACAGAUGUUCAUGACCAUGAUCACCAUGAGCAUGAUCACCACGACCAUCACCAUGACCAUGAGCACGACCAUCAUCAUGACCAUGAUCAUGACCAUCACCAUGACCAGGAUCAUGACCAUCACCAUGAGCACACUCAGGACACACACAGUCACUGUGAACACGGCCAUGAGCAUUCAGAAGGAGGAGUGCCGGUGGAAGUUCAUCAGGCUCUGCAAGCUGCCAUGGAGAAGCUUCAGCAGCGCUUCACCUCCCUCAUCAGAGAGAAGGCCGACCUGAAGGAUAGGGUGGAGGAGCUGGAGCACCGCUGCAUCCAGCUGUCUGGAGAGACUGACACUAUCGGAGAGUACAUAGCCCUGUACCAGAGUCAGCGGGCCAUCAUGAAGCAGAAGCACCAGGAGAAGGAGCAGUACAUCAGCAUGCUGGCCCAGGACAAGGAGGAGAUGAAGGCGAAGCUGGCCGAGCUGCAGGACCUGGUGAUGAGGCUUGUGUCUGAGAGGAACGACUGGUACAGCCGCUACACCGCAGCUGUAGCCGGGACGGGCUCAGUGAACCCCGACCUGCUUCCUGUUGGGGAGGAUCACACACACCAAGAGCACCAAGCGCACUCACACACACAUCCUAAUUCUGAUAGCGGAGCAGAAGCCAUGGAGGUCAUCCCCCUCUCGGAGCCCAACCCCGGCCUGGAAAUCCCCUCAUCACAGGCACAGUCGAGCGGGACGUCCCAGACUGACUCCAAGUCCCUGGGGCCCAAAGAGGACGGCACGGCCCAGCAGAUCAUGCAGCUGCUCCAAGAGAUCCAGAACCCCCAGGGAGCGCUCCGAUCACCACCCUUCCUCGGGGAGAACCCCUGCAUCCCCUUCUUCUACCGGCCUGACGAGCAGGACGAAGUCAAGAUCCUGGUGGUGUGAGGUUGAUGUGUGUGUGUGUGUGUGUGGGAUAUUGGACAUGUCUUGAAGUGUGGGGAUUAUUGAACACCACAGUUUGUAGUUUGUUGAUCAUAUACUCACAAACACUCCUGAAGAAAUACGGCGAAGGUGUUUCACCCGGUUACAUUAUAAGCGCCCCCUCCCUGUUCUGUGUAGUGGCAUGGUUAAAAAGAGAGUGUUAUCUGUUUGUUGUUUUCUAUGUUGUCUUUUUUGUCUACGAUGCUCUUCCCAGAGAGAUAACCAGUAUCUGAUUAUUCUCCAAACCACCAUUUUUAUUCACCGUCCCUCGUCCCCCAUUUUACACAUAAGUGCAAUAAAGGGGCCAUAUAUUGAGUCUCCUUUCUGAUACAGUACCUAAAGAGCUGUUUAAAAAUAAGGAAGCUGUUUGUGUGCAACUUCACUCUAGUGCAAAUGUCAGUUUUACACAAUUCACUGUAGAAAUGCCAAAACGGAGCAUCAUGUUUGAAUGUAAUAACCCGGAUAUUUACCCGUGUGUUUGUGUGAUGUGAGGAGAGCUGAGGAUGGUGAAAGGGUGCACGAGGAGCAGAGAGAUGCAGAGAUGGAUGCAAGUUAAAAGUCAAGUUAAGGGUGCACAUAAUCGCUUUUGAAGUGUUAGCGCUGUUAUGUAUGUCAAAAGCUGGCUAGUUACAUGAUAAGUUCAGAACAGAUGGAUGCAGGUGUCGCAGAUCAGUACUGUUCCUUUUCUCUCCUUAGCCUUUUUCCUCCAAACACUGAAAACCGUCUUCUGUCUGUACAGUCUGUGAUGUUCAUAUAUGUGAAAUGUUUGUGUUGUGAUGUCAAACAUCCUGUUAAACUGAGAAGGAAGGGAUAGAUGCAAUUUAAAGACCCCAUGAUAAAAAUAAAACAACACAUUAAAGUCAAAGUUGUCAGGGAAUCAUUUGUAACUAUUUAUAAUUCAGAUAAAUUAUAGAGCUUGGUUGCUGUGCUUUCGGCUGUUUUCCACAUUGCCGCUUUUCUUUUUCUUUAUCUUUCUCAUUCGCAUGAUUAAGAUAAGGUGCAAUAACUGGAGGAAGUAUGGUAAACUGUCUUUAUCUGCACUCGUAAAUCAUCCGUCAAAUUUCCUUAAUCUCAGGCAUUUGGUUGGCGUCGACUCUUUAUUCAUUUAUUUUGUUCCCUUAUGAAAGCUGCUCAAACCUUACCAUAAUUUCAUGGGGUCUUUAAGUUUCUAAACACAUUGACACUAUGAAUAAUAGUCUGUUCUGUUUUGGUUACUUUUGCUUGCAGUUCCACAUAUCAAAUAUGAUUUAAUGCACAUCCUUUACAACUGGACUGUGUCUGUGUACGUGAUGCGUGUGUGUGAGGUCCAAACUGUUUCCUCUCCAGGCGAAGUUGCAUCUGUUGUACUUUUUUUUUAAUAGGGUUCAGUUUAUAUAAGUAAGAUUGCACUAAAACUGUACAAAGCCUCUCAUUCGGCUCUGUCCUCUGGGGCUGGUUGGACAGUGGUGGAGCGUCAAAGCCUGCUUAAUAGAUUCAGUGGAGGAAACGGUGAAUCCUAUGAAGCCACACUCUAAAGCUGAGGGUUCCAGCUGAAGCAAAUGAUUGAAAGUGUGUGUGUGUGUGUGUGUGUGUGUGUGUGUGUGUGUGUGUGUGUGUGUGUGCAGUGCUGCACUUGGAGGAUGUAUUGUAAAUAUGAACAGAAGGAGCAUGUGUCAUUACUCCCAAAGCUGUGGGACCAAUCAUAAUUUGUGAAAAUGAACAACUCUUCCAAAACUAGUCAAAUGUAUUAUGCAACACUUGAGUUACUUUUCUUUUGGGCAUUGUUAACACUGUUUUCUGAACUUAAGAUGUUGCAAGUGUCUAGCUUUACAUGAAAGAUGCUCAUGUUCAUAAAUAUAGAUUGGAGGAUUGAUUGAUUAUUUGAUUGAUUUGAUUGAAAUUCUUCACCGUAAAGCUCUUUCCCUUUGCUACUGAUAACUACGAGUUAUCAGGGCUAAAAAUAUCCAUUUAAGGACUAAAUCAUGGCAAAGGCCUCUGGUUUUUUAGAGUCUUUCCAUGGUUUCAAUAUGCAAGGACAUGAGGGUCCUACUGCAAGUCUUACAAAAAUCCCACUCACUACUUUUGGAGGUAUUUUAACCUCUCAUUUGGAUGUUUUUGAGUUGUACGAUUCUCUCUGAUGUGUUUCACUUUGAGUUAGAAAACACAUUUGUUAUUGAAUUGCACACUUGAUAUUUAUCACUGAUGCAACAGGACAGAAAGCGUUAGUGCAAAUUGUGGUAUUGCUAGCCUAUUCUAGAACGCCAUAUGUACUUGGUGUUUUUCACAAAUAAACAUUGUUGCGUCUUCCCUAAACCACAGCACUUUGAUAGUAACAGGUGGUUUUUGGAUACAUUUACUUAAUCAUUCUUGAUUUUAAAAUUCCUCGCUUCUUAGCAUUCUGUCACUUUUUGUUUUCCUUUGAAACAUGCCACAAUAUAUUGUUUUCCUUUUUAUUUUAUUUCCGGUCAGACCAAAGGGUAAACAUACAGUAAAAAUCCUUUUCGUGUUUUACGGGGCUUAUGAAAUCAACUGGGGUGAAAUUACUUUCCAUAAUCUCUAAUUCACUGUUAAAUAUGUAAUGCGUGAUUGAAACGAAAAGCAAUGGGAAAGCAUUUAUUGUCUUUGCUGUAACAGAGGUGGUGUAAAUACUGUACCUGUGUAACAUAUUGUAUAUUCAUUAUGCCUGGUGUGUGGGGGAAGUGCUGCUCUGCCAUGUUCACUGGCAGUGCGGACUGUGUGUCUGAAAGUUUGUUCAGAGUCCAGGUGUGGGCGGUUACUGACUGGCUGUGAUUUAAUACAAAGAUUGACUUAAGAAAAUAUUCUAUUUAUUUGGAAUAAGUUAGUAUCUCAACUAAUCAGUUUUAAUGUAAAAUAUUAGUGGAUGGAAAUGAAGGAUCAUUGAGAGAACUGAUUUGUUCGAGGGCUGCUUCUGACAGAAGCUUUCUGAUUUGUUUGUUUUUUCCUUGAGUAAUAUUUUCUCUCCUUCUCCUGAAUAAAACUGAUUGAGCAACUUGAAAA